AGGUAACCUCGGCGCUUUCUGAGCUUCGCCGUCCCAGCCCCGCCCGCAGGAAGCAGUCGCGCAGUGAUGACGUCGUGGGGGCCUGGCCGGGCGUCGCGGACUCCCGAGAUGGAGGAGAAGGAGCAACUGCGGCGACAGAUCCGCCUACUGCAGGGUUUGAUUGAUGACUAUAAAAAUCUCCAUGGCAGUGCCUCUGCACCAGGCCCCUCAGCUGCUUCCGGAUGGCAGCCACCAGCUUACCACAGUGGCAGGGCCUUUGGUGCCUGCUUCCCUUGCCCAAGCCGGAGGGGGUUCUCCUCACACCAUGGGCCUGAGUGGCGUAAGAAAUAUUCCCUUGUGAACCGGCCCUCAGGAUCCUCGGACCCAGCUGGCAACCCUGCUGUGCAGGCAGCCCUUGGGGCCAGGGGUAGCCAGGCCCCUGACCUCCAGCAGUGUGUUUCUGAGAGACAAGUCCAGCUAAGUGCCGAUCAGAACAUGGUUAUCAAAAUCAAAUCCCCAUCAAAGACUGGUUCUACUAGCACUUCACAGGCCCAACCAAGCUCUUUGGAAGAAUAUGAGGAUACCCCCUGGAGUGACCAAGGACCUCAGGAAGCUGAGGGUGAGCCCGCUGGUGGGCAUCUGCAGCCUUCAAGGCCAGGAAGAGCCAGGGUGAGCUGCAGUGGGGAAGAUCCACUUCUGGUCUGCAAAAAGGAGCCUGGCAAGCCCCGGGUGGUGCAGUCUGUGAGCAGUGUGAGUGACAGUCCCCCAGAGCCCCGGAGGACAGUCAGUGAGAGUGCAAUUGCUGUCAGGGCACACUUCCCAUCUUCUACCUUGCCUCCUCGAACUGGUGUGGCCCUUGGCCAGAAGGUAGGCCCUCAUUCUGCAACCAGUUGUUUUGGGAAGAUCCCAGAUCAGCCAGCUCCCUCAGACUCAGUGGUGGCCCCAGCCAGACCAGCCUUAGGACCCAGACAGGCCCGGGAGCCUGAGCUGCUAUUGUCUUGUCGAACCAACAAGUUCCGGAAAAACAAUUACAAAUGGGUGGCCACCUCAGCAAAGAGCUCCCGGGUUACUCGGAGGGCUCUCAGUCCCAGAGCAGCUUUGGAAAGUGUGAGCAGGGGUGCUUUUGGCUUAGGUGGAAAGACAGAGAAGUCACAGGCCAGAGCCAGCCCAGAGUCCAAGCCCAGGAAGCCAGCUGUGUCCUCCAAGCCUGGGCCCUGCCCCAGCAAGUACAAAUGGAAAGCCUCCAGCCCUUCUGCUUCCUCCUCUUCCUGCUUCCAUUGGCAUUCAGAGGCUGGCAGCAGGGAACAUGCCUCUCAACUCUCCCUAGUCCCAUCUAGGUCCCCCCCACGGGACAGACCAGCAGUGGGACCUAGCAGCUUGAAGCCCCUCUUUGGAGAGACCCCACUCUCGGCUUACAAAGUGAAGAGCCGCACCAAGAUCAUACGGAGGCGGGCUAAUAGCAGCCUUCCUGGAGAAAAGAAGAGCGGCCCUUCAGUUGCCACUACCACCAAGAACCACCUCAGCCUUCGGCGAAGACAGGCCCUCCGGGGGAAGAACAUUCCUGUUCUGAAGAAGACCCCCAACAAGGGCCUAAUGCAGGUCACAAGGCACCGGCUGUGCCGCCUGAUGCCAAACCGGGCCCACUUCCCCACCAAGGAAGUGUCCAGCAUGCAUACUCUGCGGACUCCACCUACCAGCAAAGUGAUCAAGACCCGCUACCGCAUCGUCAAGAAGACUCCAGCUUCUCCUGUCUGCACCCCACCCUUUACACUGUCUCUGCCCUCCUGGCGGACCCGGCGGCUCUCACUCUCCAGGUCUCUGGUGCUGAACCGCCUGCGACCAGUUGUCACUGGGGGUGGCAAAGCACCUCCUGGCUCCCCUCGGUGGCGGAGCAAAGGCUACCGCUGUAUCGGAGGGGUCCUCUACAAGGUGUCAGCCAACAAGCUCUCCAAGACAUCCAGCCGGCUGGGUGAUGGGGGCAGCAGAGCCCUUCUCCGCUCAGGCCGAUUGGACCCUGCCAGCAACUGCAGCCGCUCCUUGGCCAGCCGGGCUGUUCAGCGCAGCCUGGCCAUCAUCCGGCAAGCUAGGCAGAAAAAGGAGAAGAAAAAGGAGUACUGUAUGUACUAUAACCGCUUUGGAAGGUGUAACCGCGGCGAGCACUGCCCAUACAUCCACGACCCUGAGAAGGUUGCUGUGUGCACCAGGUUUGUCCGGGGAACGUGCAAGAAGACAGAUGGGACCUGCCCCUUCUCCCACCAUGUAUCCAAGGAUAAGAUGCCCGUGUGCUCCUACUUCCUGAAGGGAAUUUGCAACAACAGCAACUGCCCCUACAGCCAUGUGUACGUGUCCCGCAAGGCCGAGGUCUGCAGUGACUUCCUCAAAGGCUACUGCCCGCUGGGUGCCAAGUGCAAGAAGAAACACACGCUGCUGUGCCCUGACUUCGCCCGCAGGGGUACCUGCCCCAGAGGUGCCCAGUGCCAACUGCCUCAUCGCAACCAGAAGCACCAGAGCCGGAGGGCAGCCAUGCCCCCCACCCCAGGGCCCAGUGAUGCAGCACACAGAAGCCGGACCUCCACUGGCCAUGGACCCAGGAAGCCCUCUGCAACCCAGCGUCAUACCAGAAAGAUGUCCAGUUCCCCCACCUCCAGGACUGUGCUCCCAGCCUCACCUCCCCCCUCCCCACGGGGGUUUGCUUCAGCCUCUUCCUUGUCAACAAAGGCUGCCUCCUCCUCCUCCUCUUCCUCCUCCUCCUCCUCCUCUUCUUCCUCUUCUUCCCACUCCUUAGAGAAAAAGGAACCUUCUCUCCAGGACAAGGCCAUCUCAUCAGGGACAGGCUCAGGCAGCCUCUGUAAGCUACCAGCCUUCAUCUCCCUGCAGGCCUCACCAAGCCCAGGAGGCCAGCCCCGGGCCCCCAGGAGGUCCCUCGCCAAAGACUCAGGGAAGCCACUUCACAUCAAACCACGCCUGUGAGGGACCCAGGGACCAGCCCGCACCUACCUCAGACUCUCACCCCAGGGAGCAUGGAGAAGCUGCCCACCACCAACCUCCCAGGGCACCGCUCUGCCUGCCAGGCUCCGAGCUUUCCCUGCCUGUUUGCCCAUUACCUUGUCUUCCUCCCUCGGGCCAAGGUCUUGCCCAGCCCCAUCCCACUUCCCCUCCCCUGAGCCCUCAGCCUGCACCUAGGACUUGCCCCUUGAGAUGUCCAUCAGGGCUUGACCCUUGGGCAGUCUCCCGCUAUGGGUGUGGCAAAACCUAUGGGAUGUGUGGGCCCCCACCUUCCCCACCCAGCACUCUUGCCUGAGGAAGAGGCCCCUGGUCAGGCCUCUCUGGCAGGCAUUUUACGUCCAGCAAUAAAGGUUCUGUCCUGUGUCA